CUUCACGCCUUCUAACAGGGAGUUCCACCUUCUAUUGAUAAAACCUAAGAAACAAACCACAUUUAAAACAGUGGUGCAGAGAAUUUAGGAAUAUGGAGAUUGUGUACCAGUAAGGAUAUUGGUGCAUCAGAAAAAAAGUCUCUCAAUCAGUGUUGUUUUUCCUGUCUAAAUAUGGACCUUUGUUAUAUUUCAAAGAUUUUUCUGCUUGCUUAUAUUGCAUUGCAAGGAACAGCUGCAAAAAAUGGUCUUCUGUAUGAAUAUGGAAAUGCAACUGACAGUCUAAGCAAAAACGAAGAUUAUGGUUCUGUGGCAAUAAAGUUCACUGUCAACUUCCCCCUUUUUGGAAACACCUAUUCUUCUCUUUAUCUGUGCAACAAAGGAUUGCUGACCUUCACUGCAAGUUACUGUGUUUAUGCAACAGCAGAUUUUCCUAUUAAGGGGUCCGUUCCCUUUAUUGCCCCGUUUUGGGCAGACCUUUAUAACGUACUAUCCGGUGACAUUUACUACCGGCAGAGCAAUGAUUCCACCCUGCUGGCAAAUGUAACUAAAGACAUCAAUAAAUACUUUCCAGAAGUAACAUUUUCUGCCAAGUGGGUCUUUAUAACGACAUGGGACAAGGUGCCACGGUUUCCAGGAGCUGCCAGUCAGGCGAAUACAUUUCAGGUUGUUCUUGCCACAGAUGGAACCAGUUCAUUUGUUCUUUUUAACUAUGCUAUAAUUCAGUGGUCAUUCCUUGCAGUGGCUGGGUUGAACAGUGGAAACAUUACAGGAUACUAUCAAUUAAAUAAGCCAAAGGAAAUUUCGUUCAACUGGACAAACUCAAGUAACGUUAAUUAUCCUGGGCGGUGGGCUUUCAAAGUAGACAAGUCACAGCCUGAAGGUAUGUAUGAAAGCUAAGUAUAUUAAGGAAUUACACAGUACAGUCUCUGCCACCAUCGGAUAGAAAAUGCUGCCUUAGUCCCUGGUUAAUACCAAGAAUAAAGAAAAAAAUAGGUAAAGGACAAAGCUAAUAUGCUGCCUGUAAGUUCAUUUUGCUAUUCUGUUCAUUCUGCACACUGAUUCAGCCAUCAAAUAUAUAAUUAUUGGUUUCUUCUAUUUAAAAAUAUGUCCAGGUUUCUAAACUUGUGAGUUAUAAUUGUAUUUGCCCUUACAGUAGACCUUUAUGUUCUGGUACAAUGUAUUAAAAUGAAACUGAAAUUCUCAAAGCUAUACAUCUGAACGGUAUGGUUAAAAUUGCUGAAUAUUUUUGGCCAAUUUCAAUGGGUUAAAGUUAUAAAGUUCAUUUUCGAAUCAAGCGACGUAUUCAAAAUCGACCGGAAAAUACAAUCACAUUUCUUGCCGCAAAACUUCACAUCGUGCUUUCUUUAUAAUGUAAACAAAAUGACAGGGAGACAUCACAUUUAUAAAAUACAUGAAAUAAAAUGAAGUGCCGUUAACAUAA